AUGGAACAACGAAACGGACCGAUUUCCAUUCCUGAACAACUCUUCCAUACCACUUUGACUGUCGUUGAUUACCACGAGGAGACCUUGGGUCCAAAAUGCGACUUUUGUGUGUUAGGGACGCACACAACUGCCUCAUCAGCAAAGAACUUCGCUCUCAAAGCGCUAGAAAAACUGGGUUACCAACGAGAGGAUUUUGCAGAGUAUGCCACACAAGUCGACACACCUCCUGAGCUGUGGAAGCACGGUAAUGAUAUCCUGGUCUACGCAAGAGCGCCAUCAGGGAAGGAGUUCAUGAUUGGCCUGCAAGUGGCACCUAACACUGAGUCUCUCCCUGCCGGACCGCAAAAUACCCCACAAUUGCCGGAAGGACAGAAGCAACUUCAUUAUGUGCUUCACUGUAGGACGGACUACAGCGAGUGCAACAACGACACGUACCACUGUGGACAGAUCCAAGGUUGCUAUCUGAACCAUAAAGAUGCGCUAUUUAAUGCAAAAUCUGUACUUCGGGUACCACAGGCGGAGUAUUUCCAGUACGACGAACGAGAAAGCGAGGAUGUUAAUGAAGGGUGGCCAUUUGGGGAGGAUGUCAUUGUCCAUGCUGUGGGGCUAAGGGGCGAGCAUUAUAAUGUUGCAGUCAAAACGGUUGACAAGGCGCAUACCAAGCACCACAAGCGGUAA